GCUGAUCAGAUUAUUCGAAAAUUUCGACGAGUGUGGUUGAUUUUGUUGGAAGUGCUAUUCGCGUAUAAAAUAUUUCAUUUAUAUCAGCCCCUGAUGGAAAUAAAAUCUAAUUAAAUACAGUAGAAUCGCGGAAAAAUUAACAAAUAUUCCAUAUUAAUAAGAAGUCUUCUGACAACUAUAGCCAACCAUGUUAUCACAUCCCUGCCGUCUGUCUACCACCAAACGGAUGGUGGCUCUGUUAUUUGCCACAUUAUUUGCCUGCAGUAGCAUUUUUAGCGUUGAGGCGCAAUUCGCCGGUAAACUCAUACAAGAUCCAUGUGUGAACAAGGCAUCCUGUCACGAUUGCAUACAAACACAAAAUUGCGCUUGGUGCAUGGAACCCGAUUUUAUAGAUUUACCACGUUGUUUCAAAAAUAAUUUACAAAAUUAUUGCAAAGAGGAGUACACCUGGAACCCAUUUACAGAGCAAAAAUUCACAAUCAAUCGUGAAUUAACGCGUGGUGGUAAUGCCAGCGCCGCAGCUGGUUACGGUUACGGUUAUGGUGGCUCAUACGAAGCGAGUUCAUCAUAUAGUAGCUCAUCGUCCAGUUCGUCCUAUGCCGGCGCUUAUGGUAGCGCAGCCGCCGCCGGUGCUUCAGCUUCCAGUGGCGAAAUCGUGCAAAUCAGUCCACAACGUGUGAGCCUCAAGUUGCGCAUAAAUCAAUUGCACUCGUUAAAUAUGCGCUACUCGCAAGCUAUUGACUAUCCCGUCGACUUAUACUAUUUGAUGGACUUGUCCAAAUCUAUGGAGGACGAUAAGGACAAACUGUCGGCUUUGGGCGAUAAGCUGUCGGAAACUAUGCGUAAUAUUACUUCGAAUUUCCGUUUGGGCUUUGGUUCGUUUGUCGACAAGGUGCUAAUGCCUUACGUCUCAACUAUACCCAAAAACUUGGAACAUCCAUGUACGAAUUGUACUGCACCAUAUGGCUAUCGUAAUGUUAUGGCUUUAAACACGGAUACAUAUCGAUUUUCUUCUGAAGUGAGUCGUGCUGCUGUGUCCGGUAAUUUGGAUGCACCUGAGGGUGGUUUCGAUGCUAUUAUGCAGGCAAUUGUUUGCCGUCAGCAAAUCGGUUGGCGUGAAAAAGCGCGUCGUCUGCUCGUCUUCUCAACGGAUGCUGGUUUCCAUUAUGCCGGUGAUGGCAAGCUUGGCGGCGUGAUUGCACCCAACGAUGGCGAAUGUCAUUUGAGCGGCGAAGGCCUUUACACACACUCUGUCAUACAAGAUUACCCCAGCAUCUCACAGAUCAACCACAAGGUCAAGCAGAAUUCAAUUAACGUAAUUUUCGCAGUUACCGCCAAUCAGCAUUCGGUAUAUGAGAAGCUAGCGCAGCAUAUUGAAGGUUCUUCAAGCGCGGUGCUAUCGGAGGAUUCCUCGAACGUUGUCGAUUUGGUGCGCUCUGAAUAUAGCAAAAUUUCCUCUGCCAUUGAAAUGAAGGACAACGCCACAAGCAAUAUAAAAAUCACCUAUCACUCAGCUUGUCUAAAUGGCGGCCCCGAAAUACCCACCGCCAAGUGUGACGGUCUCAAAGUUGGCGAUGUGGUUAAUUUCACUGCACAGAUUUUGGUCACCUCUUGUCCAACGGAUCCGCGUGAAUGGAAUCAAGUCAUACAAAUCUAUCCUGUUGGCAUUAAUGAGAGUCUGGUUAUCGAUUUGGAAAUGCUUUGCUCCUGUCCAUGCGAACGUCCAGGCACCACCGGCUACGAAGCACACUCACCCAAAUGCAACAAUCACGGCACACUGAUGUGUGGCGUCUGCGAGUGUGAUGAUAUGCAUUUCGGUCACAAUUGUGAGUGUUCAACGAGUGAUGUGCAUACCGGCAGCGACAAGGAUUUGGUGUGUCGUGCGGACAAUACCACACAGGUGGAUUGUAAUAAUCGUGGCACUUGUCUGUGUGGCGUGUGCGAAUGUGAGAAACGUUCCAAUCCCGAGGAAAUUAUUUCCGGCAAAUUCUGUGAAUGUGAUAACUUCUCGUGUGAACGUCGCAAGAAUGUGCUGUGCUCUGGACCUGAUCAUGGCACAUGCGAGUGCAGUCACUGUGUCUGCAAGCCAGGUUGGACGGGUUCGGCAUGUGAUUGCCGUGAAUCGACUGAUACCUGCAUGCCACCAAAUGGCGGCGAACUUUGUUCGGGAAAUGGCGAAUGUGAAUGUGGUGUCUGCAAAUGCAAAUCUACGCCUGAAGGUCGUUAUUCCGGCAAAGUGUGUGAGAAGUGCCCCACAUGCGCGGGUCGUUGCCUCGAACUGAAACACUGUGUACAAUGUCAAAUGUACAAGACCGGUGAAUUCAAGGAUGAAGACAAAUGUGCCGCCAAUUGCAGCAAUACUUUCGUGCCCAUUGGCGAGGAGAAAAUCGUUAUCGAUGAGGAGAAAGAUGAAUUGCUUUGCAUAUUCUUUGACGAAGAUGACUGCAAAUAUACGUUUAAAUAUAGCGAAGUGAACGGCAAACUCGAAGUACAUGCACAGCAGGAGCGUGAAUGUCCACCAAAAGUGUUCAUGUUGGGCAUUGUCUUGGGCGUUAUAGCCGCAAUCGUCUUAGUCGGCUUAGCCAUAUUGCUUUUGUGGAAAUUACUGACGACCAUACACGAUCGCCGCGAGUUUGCACGUUUCGAGAAGGAGCGCAUGAACGCCAAGUGGGAUACGGGCGAGAAUCCAAUCUACAAGCAAGCCACAUCUACUUUCAAGAACCCAAUGUACGCCGGUCAGUAAGCUUCACCACUGGAGCGUAGCCAAUAACGACAAAAGAAAUAAUGAGUUUGCUUGGGCAAUGUUACAUUGUUUGGGUUACGAAUUUCUCUCUAAUUGCCAUACAGUAAAGGAAGUUUCUAACAGGAGCUGCGUAUUUAUAUGUGAAAAAUGAAACAUACAUAUUUUAAAAUAAGACAAAACAUAAAGCUAGAUGUAUAUCCUUAUGUAUGCGAGCAACAGCUAUUUGUGACGCUGUGCAAACAAAUCAAGCAUUGAACUGAAAUUUUUAUAAGUAAAAAAGCACUUGGCUUAGCGUUUUUAGACAGUCGAAAUUUCUAAAAAUGCACUUAGUUGUUGUUGUUGUGUGCUAACGUUUGCAUAAUGAGGAUAAUUUUCAACCCUAUACUGCCAUUAAUAUAUACACAUAUACAAACAUAUAUACACAUUUUAAGCAGGAAUGGCGAUAACUUAACGCGCAGUAAUGCAUGUGCCUUGGAAAUGAUAUACAAUUUAGUUAUAUACGCAUACAAAUUAGAAGAAAAAAAUUGAUUCUUUAGAAUUUCACAUACAGAUAUACAGUUGCAAACUUCAGACAGUCAAACAACUAUAUAGUAUCGUAAGAGAGUAGAAGUUUUCGUGGUAGCUCUUCCUAACCUAAAAACAAAAAAUAACAAAAUUAUGAAAAUCACAUGUAAGCAUUGCCUAUUUGCGUAAAAAGAGAUAUACAUAUUUAUAUAGCUAUAGCGAAAAUUCAAUUUGUAACUGUUAACGAAGCACAAAACGAAUAAGAAAAUAGUUUAAAGUUUUUUGUAAACAAUUUAUACUACAACAAGUGUGCCUACUAAAUCUAUACAUAUAUAUUUUUUACUAAAAGUCAGCUGGUAUAUUUUUAAUGAAAAUUUAAGUGUGUAAUUUAUUAUCAAAAACAGCAGAAAACUAGCAUACAGACUAUACAGAACAAAUGUGGGAACUGAGUACUUUUCAGAAGUCAAGUACUUUUUUCAAAGCAGCGUAAUUAAAUUUAUUUUUUGUAUUAAAACAAUUAUAUUAACAUAGUUUAUAAGUAUAUAAUGUAGUUUGUAUAUUAAAUUAUACGAUGCAAUCUGUAAGUAGCUGUUCCGAGUACGCCAAAUUGACACAUCAAGCGAUUAUAGUAAUGUACGUUGAUACAUUUUUCGUUAUUUAAUAAUAUUUGUAAGACAAAAAUAAACCAAAAUUGCAAUAACUCCAAAAAGCAACAAUUUUUUUUUUAGAAAAUAACUUGAAAAGUUGAAAAACAGAUGAAAACAGAAAUUUUUCUUAACUGUAAUUAAAUUUUUUAAGUUGAAUUAAUUUUUUUUAACUAUAAAUAAAUUUUUUUAACUGUAAUUAAAUUUUUUUUAACUGUAAUUUAUUUUUUUUAAUUCCAUUUUUUUUUUUUUUGUAUUUUUCUACAAUUUUCUACCAGCAUUUCUGCUCUUUUGAACUCGAUUCGUUUUUCUAUCAAUAAUCUAGAAGAUUUUGCGCGUUUUACCGUUACUUAAAAGUAAUUAAUCAAUAUUUUAUUUUUAAUUGCUCUUUCUAAUUAACAUUAAGCUAAAAGAAACAGUUUUAUUUGUAUUAUUUUUAUAUUUUAUUAAAAUACCGUUAUAAUGGCGUAUUUAUAUUCAACUUUCACUAUGAAUUUUGUACUGAUCUUUGCAAUUAAAAUUAACAAUUAAUACAAUUUAGUUGAGAACAAGCUUAAACAUUAAUCAUAAAGAGUAGUUGGUACGCUAUUUGCUAUUUAAUUGUAUUAGAAAAAUGUAAGUUUGUCAGUUUUUUGUUUAGUGUGUGUUUUUUUUAUUAUUUUAAUAUUAAUAAAAUCUAAUGUUAAGUUAAAAAAGCGAA